AUGCCAAUCACGAUCCCCAUCAUUCACUUCAACGACAUCUAUCGCGUGCGCCAGAAAGACAAGAAAACCGGUGGUACAAUAGGAGCAGACCAAUUCGCAGCUAAAAUCCAAUCCAUUCGUCAAUCGUGGGGCGAACUCUCCAACCUUUCCAACCUUCCCCCACCACCCUCUUCCUCCUCAAACCUCGGCACCUCUCGAGACUGGAGCGCGCAUAGCAACUCUCGCGAGCGAAAAGGACUAGUCCUCUUCUCGGGCGACCUCUAUUCCCCUUCUGUUGAAAGCAGUGUUACACGAGGCACGCACUUGGUCCCAGUCAUCAAUGCUAUGAAUCUGGAUUGUGCCUGCUUGGGCAAUCAUGAUUGGGAUUUCGGUUAUCCGCAUUUACAGACUCUGAUGGCGCAAAAUAAUUUCCCGUGGCUGUUUAGUAAUGUCGUGGAUACAAACCCAAGGAAAGAGGGCGGUGGCGACUGGGAUGAGCAUUUACAGCAAGAUGAUCGACAAGUUGAUGGGACCUUGAGAUCUUGGACUACGACAGUGCAGGAUGUAAAAGUAGGAUGUAUUGGGAUUGUGGAGAAGGAGUGGAUUGCUACCGUACCUUCCUUUCCACAAGAAUUCAUGUAUCGAAAUAUGCUUAAAACCGCUCUGAAACUUAGUCAGGUCCUACGAGAUCCAAAGGGACAAGCGUGCGAAUUGGUGAUCGCCAUCACACAUAGUCGUUUGCCGAACGAUAUCGAUUUUGCCAACGCUAUUGGGGCUGUUGCUGGUGCGGACCCGACUAAGCAUGGGGUGGAUCUGGUGCUGGGUGGUCACGAUCAUAUAUACUACGUUGGCAAUGGUGCGGCUAGCUAUACCGGUGAUGAGUUUCCCAGAGGGGAGCCAGGGACGGAAAAGGAUACUAAUGCGAUGGUCGUCAAAUCCGGAACCGAUUUCAGGGAUCUUUCUGAGCUCAAGCUCGAACUUUCCGAACCCAACAACAACGCCAUUAGAACAAGGACGAUCAAGAGUCUUAGUGUUAAACGGUACCGUGCUUCACCUGACGAUCCUACUUCACCGGAACUCAAGUCUAUGUUGGACGAUCUCCUAGCCAAAAUCUCCAAAUCUACAUCCCAAAGCGUUGCGUACACGCUUACACCUUGGGAUGUACGAAGCGAGAAAGUUCGUACGGAUGAAUCUGCGUUUGGAAACUUUGUCGCUGAUGUCCUUAUGAACUCCUACGAAGAGGUUCUACGAGAAAGAGACAAUAGAGGAGAGCUUAGCGAAAGACGCCCUGCGGAUGCUAGAGAGGUGGACUGUUGUAUCAUCUGCGGCGGGAGUUUAAGAGGAGAUCAGAUGUAUGGACCGGGCAAGAUUGCUCUUAGUGAUGUGUUGGAGAUUUUGCCGUUUGAAGAUGCGGUGGUGUGUAAAGAGUUGAAGGGUCAAGAUAUUUGGGAUGCUUUGGAGAACGGGUUGAGUAUGUAUCCGAAGCAGGAGGGCAGGUUUCCACAAGUGGCCGGGUUAUUGGUAAAGUGGGAUUCGAGGAAGGAGCCGGGCAAAAGGCUGAUUAGUGUUGAGUUGUUGGAUAAUCCGCUUGAUUCCACUCCUUCUCAGAAUCAGCAGCGGACAGAGAAGGAGGGGGAGGAGAUGGAUGUAGAUGUACCCAACACGGCUGGGGAGGGUGAGGUUGGGAAACUUCGCAGGUUCUCUGUAACCAAAGUACCUGGUGGAGGCUACGAUGUGGAAGUGCACCGACCUGCAUUGGUCAGCCGGGGGCCGCUGGAGAUGGAGAAAACCUACAGGGUGGUUACUAGGGAGUACCUAGCGGAAGGAUAUGAUGGGUUCGAGGCGUUGAAAAGGGGUGAGUUUGUAGUGGAUCAUGAGAAUGGGCAGUUAAUGUCGGCCAUUGUGAGGAAGUUUUUGUUAGGUGCGAGCUAUUUAUGGCGUAUGAAGCAGAUUAGGCCGUUGCAGGCCGAAGGGCAAGAUGGCGAUGCUUCCACUGCUGCUGCGAGUGUGGAGAUGAAGCAGGAAGAGGAAGGGUCAGAAAAGGGAGCAGAAGUAAACACACUUAGCAAACGUACCAGGAUCGCCAUCACUCGCGCUCGCUCACUCAACCUUCUCAAGCGGGCAAUGAAGCAUAAUGCGGUCGAUACACCCGUCACCGAACUCCCAUCUACCCCAGUCAAGCGGGCUUCACCUGGUCGGUCUGACUCGCUAGGAUUGACUAGCGAGGAAAACAUGUGGCGAAUGGUAGUUGAUCAAUCGCCCGGCGGGUUUAGAGAUGCUUUGCAUGUGGGGGGAUCGGAGCAUCACUCCAAAUUCGAUUCGGUUAGCAAGCGGUUCAAUGAGCCUCUUACCUCCGGUUCCGGCGCGGGGUUGGCUACGUCUUCGCAUGCCGCAACGAGAUCGUUUGAUGCAGACGCGAGUCGAGGAGAUGUGGAUAUGGGUGUUCCUGCUGCCAAACGCGCCCGUACGCGACGAGGCGGGGAUGAGAGAGAGCAGCAGCUGAAGAUCGAUAAUGCUCUUUUCGAUCCUUCCCUUGUAUCGGGCCUUUCGACUCAGAUCAAAGAUCUGCUGACUUUAGUGACGAAAGCUGCUGAUCCGGAUGGCAGACUUUACGUUCAGCCCAGUGGGAAUGGUGAGCCAAACGCCAGUGCUACAGCUGCGGAGGAAGAAGAGGAGGUAGGGGGUGGAGGCGCAAACAUCGCACUGGGCAGUAUGGCGGUUGAUGAGGGGGAUGACGAUGCUACACUUGCCUUCCUUACUGCUGGUGGAAGCGGGUCUGGUGCGAACGGUGGAGCUAUGCGCAAAGGUACACCUACUCAAUUGUCACAAGACAUUGUCAAGAAGGCGAGUGAGCUUCGCGCUACAUUUAAGAAGCUCGAAGAAGCAGCCAAGUCUUUGCCCGGUGGAAUGGAUCUCGGUCUGAAGGAGCAAGAGAGGUUGCUGACUGCAUUGGAGGGAUUUAUUGCUCGACAGGAUGAGGCGUUGGAUAAACUUGCCGCUUCUCCUUCGGGACAGAAUGGGCACAAGAAGAGACGGGAAAGGGAAGGAGGGGAAUUCGGUGGAAAAGCAGGUGAAAUCGCAAGCUCAUCUUUCAAGCACGGUGCAGUGGCUUCAAGUAGCUUCCAUUUGAAUCAGGAGGAGAUGGAACAGUUGAGGAAGGACAUUAAGGCUUCCACUACCACCACCGCUAGUGAAGAUGCAGGAGUUGACGGGGAGAGAGAGAAGAAUGGGGCUAGUGUUGGGAAUGGGAACCAGGAUGGAAGUGGGAAGGAGGAGGAGGGCGGAGAUGGUGAUGAUACGUCUAAUCUCGCUUUUGUCUCUCCUCUUGUCGAUGGGAGGUUGGUUGAUGUUGCUCGUCAACAAGCACAGAUCCCCGCUCUCACAGCCAUUUCGUAG